AUGGCCUCUAUUCGCGUUCUUUCCUUCGAUGCUGAGGGUUGUCCCGUGCAGUUCACUUCCUGGCUCGAUGACCUGCAGUUGUAUCUUAUGAGCAAUAGCACGGACCACAUCUCCCUCUAUGACUACGCGUCUGGUGCUGCCGCUGCUCCUGCUGCCACAGCCGAGCUUAGUGUACGUUCACAGUGGCAGACUCGUGACGCUGCAGCUCGCCUGGCUAUUCGCAGUCACCUGCCGUUAGCUGAGCUAGAGCACUUUGGCGACUGCAAAACCGCUAAGGCCCUAUACGACGCUGUCGUUGCUCGCUACUCCUCACCUGCCACAGCCGAGCUUAGCCGUCUCAUGCUGCCUUACCUGUUCCCUGACCUGUCCACCUUUGCUACAGUCGCCGAUCUUAUCACCCACCUUCGCACUAGUGAUGCUCGCCUGCGUGCCGCCCUUCCCACCGAGUUCUGCGCUAAGAACCCCCCUCCCCUGUACUGGACACUCCACUUCAUAGUCACCCGUCUCCCUGACACCCUCAGCUCAGUGCGCGACUAUUUCCUUGCUCGCUGUCCCACUGAGCUCACUGUCGCCCUCCUAGAGGAGAAGCUGCUAGCAGCCGAGAAGAGCAUUGUGGCUGUUGGUGCUGCUCGCGGCACUCCUCGCACCCCCAUCUUUGAGGGGUGCUCUCCCUCUCCCCUCGCUCCCUCCUAUGCUACUGCUGCUGCUGUUGACUUCCUUGGUGCUGAGUCUGCUGGCGCUGCUUCUGCUCCUGGUGGGAGGCGCCGCACCGGCAAGGGCAAGGGGGGCAAGGGUGGCGGGGGUGGCGCUGGGGGGGGAGGGGGUGGGGGAGGUGGGGGGGGAGGCGGUGCUGGAGGGAGCGGUGGCGGGAGUGCCGGUGGGAGUGGGGCCGGCGGCGGAGGCGGGGGCGGCGGCGGGAGCAGUGGCGGUGGUGGCGGCGGCGGCGGUGGCGGCGGUGGCGGUAGUGGCGGUGGCGGUGGCGGUGGUGGCGGUCGGAGCGGAGGUAGUGGCGGCGGUGGAGGUCGGAGUGGAGGCACCGGCUCGGGCCAGAGCUCCCAGCAGCAGCAGCGUCCCCAGUCGACCCAGCAGCUUCGUGAGUGGCUUGCUCAGCGUGGGACGUCGGGGGGCAGUGGCCGCUGUUCCUAUGUCAUUCGCACAGGUGAUCGCAAGGGGCAGACGUGUGGAAAGUUCCACACUCAGUACCGCUGCUUCUUCCGCCUUGACGACGCUUGGCGUGAGGAGAUGGGCGAGGAUGUUGAGCGCCCUCGCUGGGCUGAGCUGAUGAGGGCUGGUGUUGAUAUCUUUGCUCUUGACUAUGAUGCUAUUAUUGCUGCCAUGUAUGCAUUGACUGUUAGUGCCGAGGGAGACUGUUACUUGUGUGUGCCGCCUGACCCAGGUAUAGGGCCCGCUGCCCUAGGUACUAGUGAGUCUGCUCUCUCUGGUAUGGUGCCCCCUGUACCUGCUCCCUCCAGCACUGUCCCUGCUGCUUGCGAGUCUGCUCUCUCAGGUACAGCACCCACAGAGACUGCUCUCUCAGGUACUGCACCGACUGAGACCUGUCACACCUUCACCCUUGACUCAGGUGCUUCCCGCUGCUUCUUUCGAGACAGUACUGAGCUCACACCGCUUCCUGCACCGGUCCCAGUCUCCUUGGCUGACCCCUCUGGGGGCCCAGUCCUUGCCCAGUCCACCACUGUGCUCCCUUGUCCGGCGGUUCCGUCUGGCUCGUUGACGGGUUUCCACCUCCCCUCGUUCUCGACGAACCUGGUGAGCAACGCUGUCAUCCAGGAUCAGUGGGUUGACACCUUUACCCCUGGAGGACAGCGUGUGGCGAUCUGCACGUGCUCCAGGACCGGCCGUCACCUGGCUACGUUUACCCGUCGGCCGGGGUCGAGUCUCUACACACUGACCACUGCGUCUCCUCAGGUCGCUGCUGUCGGUCAGGUGUCCGCGUCAGGUCUGGUGGCCCACGCCUGUGAGUGUCGUUCCCUGUCGCACCAGACUCUUCUCUGGCACCACCGCCUGGGUCACCCCUCCUUGCCACGCCUUCGUGGCAUGCACCGUCGCCACCUUGUGUCUGGUCUUCCCAGGUCCCUCCCUCCCCUCCCUGCCUCGCCUGCGCCGCCUUGCCUUCCUUGUGUCGAGGGGCGGCAGCGCGUCGCUCCUCACUCCUCCUCGUUCCCCCCGACAGAGGCUCCUCUGCAGACCCUCCACCUGGACGUGUGGGGCCCAGCCCGCGUUCGUGGUCAGGGCGGUGAGCGGUAUUUUUUGCUGGUUGUCGACGACUACUCGCGUUACACCACGGUCUUCCCCUUGCGCACCAAGGGUGAGGUCCCUGCUGUUCUGAUCCCUUGGAUCCGCACAGUUCGUCUCCAGCUCCGCCGCCGUUUCCGGACGGAUCUUCCUGUCCUGCGUCUGCACUCUGACAGAGGUGGUGAGUUUUCCUCCGACCUCUUGAGGACCUUCUGUCAGGCGGAGGGCAUCGAGCAGACCUUCACGCUUCCGGACUCCCCACAGCAGAAUGGGGUUGCUGAGCGCCGCAUUGGCCUGGUCAUGGAGGUCGCUCGUACCUCCUUGGUCCACGCGGCGGCUCCCCAUUUUCUGUGGCCGUUUGCUGUCCGGUACGCCGCGCAUCAGCUCAACCUCUGGCCCCGUGUCUCCUUGCCGGAGACCUCGCCCACACUGCGUUGGACGGGGGAGGUUGGCGAUGCGUCGCGCUUCCGGGUGUGGGGUGCUCGUGCCCUUGUCCGCGAUACGUCCGCGGACAAGCUCUCCUCCCGCACGCUUCCCUGUGUCUUCCUUGGCUUUGUCCCUGACGCGCCUGGCUGGCAGUUUUACCACCCCACCUCGCGCCGGGUCUUCGCCUCUCAGGAUGUCACCUUUGACGAGUCGGUCCCUUUUUACCGUCUCUUCCCCUACCGCACUGCCCCCCUCCCUCCCCCACCGCUUUUCCUUGCUCCUGGCCCCCCUCCGGUAGACCCCCUUCCCCCUCAGGGUCCUGCUCCUUCAGGUGUCUCUCAGGUAGACCCUCCUCCCGUCGCUGAGCCUGUCGAGGUCACAGGUGACUCAGGUGCUGCUGCAGGUGGUACUGCUGGGAGUGCUGAGCCUGGGGGUGCUGAGCCUGCGGGUGCUGGGCCUGGGAGUGCUGGGACUGCGGGUGCUGGAGCUGAGGGUACUGUGCCUGAGAGUUUGCCGCCUGGGGGUGCUGAGCCUGGGGGUGCUGCGACUGGGGGUGCUGAGCCUGCGUGUGCGGAGUCUGGGGGUGCUGAGUCUGGGGGUGCUGAGCCUGCGGGUGCUGAGCCUGGGGGUGCUGCUGCUGAGCCUACGGAGCCUCGGGUUGCUGCGUCUGGGGGUGCUCCGGUUCGGGGUGCUGAGCAGUCUCUCACACCGCAGCAGCUUCGUGACUGGUACGUCCGGCGCUUCCGCCGUCCUCGUGGCUCGGCUGGAGUUUGGGGUGCUGGAGCUGCUCGUCCUGGGGGUACUGGAGCUGCCGGGACUGGUUGUUCUGGGAGCACUACGACUGGAGCUGCUGGAGCUGGGGACUCUGGCGCUGGCGGUGCUAGCGGAGUUGGAGCUGCCGCCUCUGGGGGUACUCUUCCUAGCGGUGCUGCGGACCCUGGGGGUGGCGCUGCUACUGGUGCUGCGGACCCACCUGGUGGAGCUGCUGCUGGAGCUGAGGACCCGAGCGGUGGCGCUGCUGCUGGUGCUGGGGACCCGGGCGUUGGAGCUCCUACUGGUACUGAGGACCCGGCCGCUGGAGUCUCUUCUGCUUCUGGAGACGCUGCGCGGCCGCGACCGUACUUCGUACCGCUCCUUCAGCAGGUUCUUGGGCAGGCUCCUCCUCCUUGUCCUCCUCCCUCCGUCGAGUGUCCUCCGCCUGUCCAGCCGCAGUCACAGUUACCGCCUACCUCGCCUCUCCCUGCUCCCUCUCCUUACACUGGUCCCACAGGAGGUCUUGCAGAGCGUCGUGAGCCUGAGUCUCGUCCUGCGUCGCCUGUCCGUACUGCUCGCACUGGUCGUCGUGUCCGUCGUGAGCGUCCUCCUCCUGUCCCAGGCACUCACUACAUGACUCUGCGUCCCUCUACUGCUCCUCAGCGUGUCCCUCUGCCGUCUCCUCCUGCGUCCUCUUUGCCUGCUGUUCCGGACCCUGAGUCUGACCGGUAUCGUGCUGAGCACCCUACUGUCACGCGUCUCCUAGCUACUGUUGUCACUGACCCUACCUUUGAGUCCUCGGCUGCGUCUGCUCUGGUCGCUGAGUUGGUUGACUUUGCUGCUGCCUGUCGUCUAGACUACGCUGCUCGCCUUGUUGCUGGGUCUGAGUCUGCGUCUGUCUGUCCUCCGUCCGUCGGGGGUGAGUGUGCUCUUGGCACGGACGUCCUUGAGGACAGGCAGGAGGACUUUGACUCUCUCGCGGCUGCUGUACCUCAUCUCGUGGCCUCGUUGCUUGCCCCUGAGGGAGACCCGGAUGCACUAGACAUCCCCACUCCGCGCACUUACGCAGAGGCGAUCUCGGGCACCUACGUCGACGAGGUUCCCCCUCCUGGGGCGAACAUCGUCGAUGGCAUGUGGAUUUUCAGGGUGAAGCGGCCGCCAGGUUCUCCGCCUGUCUUCAAGGCUCGUUACGUUGCUAGAGGCUUCAGUCAGCGUCAGGGGGUCGACUUCUUCCAGACCUUCUCCCCCACCCCGAAGAUGACCACUCUUCGGGUUCUGCUGCACGUUGCUGCUCAGCGUGACUACGAGCUUCACUCUCUUGACUUCAGCACAGCGUUCCUGCAGGGCAGCUUGCACGAGGAGAUCUGGCUGCGCCGCCCACCUGGCUUUACUGGGUCGACUACACUUGCGGCUCUUGGGUUCGCGCCGUCUACUGCUGACCCGUCGCUGUUUCUGCGCACAGACACGUCGCUGCCGCCGUUCUACAUUCUCGUGUACGUCGACGACUUGGUCUUUGCUACUGCUGACACUGAGGCACUCGCUCGUGUGAAGUCGGAGCUGCAGAAGAGACACACCUGCACUGACCUGGGUGAGCUGCGUAGCUACCUUGGCUUGCAGAUCACCCGGGACAGAGCUCGCCGCACCAUCACCCUGACUCAGUCACACAUGGUGCAGCAGGUCCUUCAGCGCUUCGGCUUCCAGUUCUCCUCACCACAGGCCACACCUCUGGCUACCAGCCACUCGCUCUCAGCUCCACCUCCGGACGAGUCCGUAGAGCCGAGUGGCCCGUACCCAGAGCUUGUGGGCUGCCUCAUGUACCUGAUGACUUGCACGCGACCUGACCUCGCGUACCCUCUUAGCAUCCUUGCUCGUUACGUUGCGCCUGGGAGACACAGGCGAGAGCACUGGGAGGCUGCUAAGAGGGUGCUGCGCUACUUGUGCAGUACAUCAGGCAUGGGGCUGGUGCUUGGAGGACGCGACAGAGUUGUCCUCACUGGCCACUCGGACGCUUCUUGGGUGGACGACCUGGCUACGCAGCGGUCGUCACAGGGUUACACCUUCAGCCUUGGUUCUGGUUCUGUCUCGUGGCGGUCCACCCGCUCUUCCUCUGUUCUCGGCUCUAGUUGUGAGGCUGAGAUCUACGCCACAGCCAUGGCUGCACAGGAGUUACGCUGGCUCACCUACCUGCUGACUGACUUGGGAGAGCGGCCUAGUUCUCCUCCAGUUCUGUACGGUGACAACAAGGCGGCUCUUGCCUUGUGUCAGGAGCACAGACUGGAGCACAGGACGAAGCACAUUGCUCUUCGCUACUUUCUUGCUCGAGAGCUUCAGCAGCGCGGUCAGCUUCGGCUUGUGUACGUGGACUCGAAGGCCAACACUGCUGAUAUCUUCACCAAGGCGCUCCCGCCUAGUGAUCAUCAGCGGCACUUUACUUUGAAACCCUCCCCUGGCCAUCGCGCUCACGUUCACCCCAUCGUAUCGCUAUCUCUCCGUGCUGCCCGCCGCCUCGCCAUCCCGUCGUUCGCCUCCUCUCCCCUCGGAUCCCGUCGUUUGCCUCCUCUCCCUUCGGAUCUCGUCGUUCGCCUCCUCUCCCUUCGGAUCCUGUCGUUCGCCUCCUCUCCCCUCGGAUCUCGUCGUUCGCCUCCUCUCCCCUCGGAUCCCGUCGUUCGCCUCCUCUCCCCUCGGAUCCUGUCGUUCGCCUCCUCUCCCCUCGGAUCCCGUCGUUCGCCUCCUCUCCCCUCGGAUCCCGUCGUUCGCCUCCUCUCCCCUCGGAUCCGGUCCUUUGCCUCCUCUCCCCUCGGAUCUCGUCGUUCGCCUCCUCUCCCCUCGGAUCCGGUCGUUCGCCUCCUCUCCCCUCCCAUCCCAUCGUUCCGAUCUCUCUUCCCGUCGCAACCGUUCUUUCCCUUUGCAUCACCUUGUCUAUGGUAUUUUUUCCUCUCUUUCUUCGACUCCCUAUUUUUUUACCUCUAUCAGCCUCAAGUCUAA